CUUCUUUGGCAAUUCAGGUGCAGUGACCGAGAGCAGCAAUGGCUCGAUCAUCUAAAGUACUCGUUAAUGCGGCCUCCCGCGCGGUGCGGACGUUCCAACUGAGGAAUUCUGGAUUGCACAAUGCGAUGGAUCCAACGAAAACUUCAGCCUUAAGUACGACAGUUGUUCCAACAUCUCUGGUCCACUUGCGUACUGUUCAUUCAAGCUCCGCCCGAGACAGCAAAGUUGCCCACUUGAAGGGCAUGCAGCCUUCAAAUCGCGCGGAGUAUGUCGUGACUAAACUUGAUGAUCUUGUGAAUUGGGCUCGAAACAACUCGUUAUGGCCAAUGACUUUCGGGCUCGCGUGCUGCGCAGUUGAGAUGAUGCAGGCCGGUGCUUCGCGUUACGACCUAGACCGCUUCGGUUUUCUUUUCCGCCCAUCCCCGCGUCAAUCGGAUUGCAUGAUCGUUGCUGGCACACUCACCAACAAAAUGGCCCCGGCUCUGCGAAAAGUCUACGAUCAGAUGCCCGAACCGCGUUGGGUUAUCUCCAUGGGUUCCUGUGCAAAUGGAGGGGGUUAUUAUCACUACUCGUAUUCAGUCGUGCGCGGCUGUGAUCGAAUUGUUCCAGUCGAUAUUUACGUCCCAGGAUGCCCUCCGACUGCUGAAGCGUUGCUACGGGCUUAUGCAACUACAAAAGAAAAUCAAGAGACAAAAUACUAUGUAUGCAUGGCUGAAGCAAUAGAUUAG